AUUUAGUUGAAUAGAGAUAGUGGUUUGGACGCGGAAGCAGUUGUAAUUUGCAAGGAAGAAAGAUGGCAAGGAAUGUGAUGCAAGCGGUACAGUACGUGGCCUAUGGAGGAGGUUCCGCUGGAUUGAAGCACGUUGAAGUUGGCGUUCCCAGUCCCAACACAAAUGAGGUUUUACUGAAAGUGGAAGCGAUUAGCAUAAAUCCCAUUGAUUGGAAGAUUCAGAGUGGUGUUCUGCGCCCUUUGUUUUUACCCAGAACCUUUCCCCACAUACCUUGCACUGAUGUCGCUGGACAAGUUGUUCAGAUUGGACCCCAAGUCACUCAUUUCAAAGUUGGCGACAAAGUCCUCGCUAAACUCACUCAUCAAUAUGGAGGUGGACUGGCUGAGUUUGCUGUAGCUAGUGAGAGUGUAACAGCUGCCAGACCAUCUGAGGUUUCAGCUGCUGAAGCUGCAUCAUUACCUAUUGCCGGACUCACAGCUCGUGAUGUCCUCACUCAAAUAGUAGGAGUCAAGCUUGAUGGGACUGGCCAGCCCAAGAACAUUUUAGUAACUGCUGCUUCAGGGGGUGUGGGUCACUAUGCUGUUCAACUAGCAAAACUUGGAAACACCCAUGUCACAGCCACUUGUGGGGCUCGUAACAUUGACUUUAUUAAGGGCUUGGGUGCCGAUGAGGUUCUUGACUACAGGACUCCAGAGGGGGCCGCACUGAGGAGUCCAUCUGGUAGGAAAUAUGAUGCAGUGAUAAAUUGCACAACUGGAAUACCUUGGUCAACUUUUGAUCCUAUUUUGAAUGAAAGGGGGGUGGUAGUUGAUUUAACACCUAAUGCAACUUCGUUGAUGACUGCUGCCCUGAAGAAACUUACUUUUUCCAAGAAGCGUCUUGUGCCAUUUUUAGUGGAUGUCAAGCGGGAAGGCCUGGAAUAUCUAGUUCAAUUACUGAAGGAUGGGAAACUCAAGUCUGUUAUUGACUCCAGGUUUCCUUUGAGCAAAGCUGAAGAUGCUUGGGCUAAGAGCAUUGAUGGCCAUGCUACUGGAAAAAUCAUUGUGGAGCCAUAGGUACAGUUUGGAGUUGUUGUAUUUCUAGUUUCUACAUAUCUGGACAAGGUUUGUGUAAAGCUCAUAUGAAAUUGAAUAACUGGGAAUAUCGUAUGCUGUAAGGCUUUUUAAGUUAGUAUUGUUGUCUUUUGACAUCAUCUUAUUGGUUUGUAUAUGACAGAAAGCUUUAUUGGGCAACUUUUUUCUCGUGUCCUA